CUGUGCUCCCUAACGUGAAUCACGAAGCAUCUAUGUGCUCCGACGACCGGAGUCACGGCGGUUGAACAUAUCGGUGCUUCACCUUAGCUUGGCUUUAUUUUGGUUCGCAAUACCGAAAAACGUGUCUGGAUGAUAUCACUUGGAUAUACAACCGGUUCGACUAUAAAGUGCAAAAUGAGUGCUGUAUUGAUCCUCAUGUUCAUAUGCUCCGUUGGAGGCACUUUGGUCUUUUCAGGCGCUGUACUGGACAAGCAGCCCGCUCUAAACAAUUAUGCGGACACAAUCUUCAACACCGUCUUACCGCGCCACCUCGCCGACCGACCGCGAGUCUUCCCCCUGGACGACAUCCACUUCAAAGUCAAGAGUACAGGAAUAACGAACCGUGAGCUGAGUGCCGAGUUCCACAAUGGCAGACUUACUGGGUUGACCACACCGCCUGCAUUGAAGCGGUUUUCCGACUGCGGUACAGUGCGAGAGGGCCGCUAUGUCAUCAUGCAUUGCAACUUGCUUUUUGGCCAACUGAGCGCCAGCUAUAACGGAUCUCUCGAUGGGGAGUCUCUGUUUGGUUCCAGUAAGAGCAUCGACGUCCUAGCUGUAUUCACACAGCCGAGGGGAUACAUCGAGGUUCUCUUUCUCCCUGAUGUUCCUCCCAAAUUGAAGUCCUGGAGUAUGCUCUCGUUAAAUAUGGUGUUCCACUUCUCAAGGCCUCUCGAUCUCAACGACGAACGCACACGCAUGUUCCAGGAACAAUUAAGGAGGAGUAUUGGCGACACUGUCACAGGUGUUAUAUACGGUCCGUUAAAAGAAGACCUCAGUACAUCUGUUCCGGAAGCCAUGUUAUACGCUUUGCGUUAACAGCAAAAAUAAAUAUCGGCAAUGUAAA